UGACCAUGUGGGACUGUGGGAGUGCUGUGUUCGUUCGUCGUCGGCCUGAUCUGGAGGGAGGGGGAGGUGGUGGGGAAUGGCGGCGGCGACGGCGACGGCGACGCUCCGGUGGGUGCUGCAGCUGCACCGGGACGUGCCGCGAGCGGCGCGGUUCUACGCGGAGGGUCUCGACUUCAGUGUGAACGUCUGCACGCUCCGCUGGGCCGAGCUGCAGUCGGGGCCGCUCAAGCUCGCGCUCAUGCACACCAACGACAGUAAUCUUGCAUCGCAGAGAAUCUAUUCUUCAAUGCUGUCCUUCACUGUACCAGACAUAAACAAUACUGUAUCGAAGUUAAUGGCACUGGGAGCUGAGUUGGAUGGGCCAAUCAAAUAUGAGAUCCAUGGAAAAGUUGCAGCAUUGCGAUGCAUCGAUGGGCACAUGCUAGGCCUUUAUGAGCCAGCUUGAAGAACUCAUGCCACAAUGAAAGUAACGAAAACCUCCAUUAAUCGCUCACUGAAGACUGAUGUGUAUGUCCAUUUGUUCCCAGCAAAAGAUGUUUUGGCAUAAGUCAACUCACUGGGCCUGGUUUGCCUGAACCCUGAAGUGGUAGAAUUCCUUUUUGUUAGCAAAAUCAUGAGACACUGUAGGUGGUUUCCAGCAGCUGAACAUUUAUAUAUCAUUCUCUGCCUCAUGCUGCUGGUUAUGCUGCACAUUUUCUCUAACUGAAUGCGCCUAGCAGGUCAGUAUGGUAGGUUUUGAAGCCAAAUUUGAGUGGUCCUGCUUAGUCAUGGCCUUGUCUCAUUACAUUGUGUCAGUAUAUCUAGUUCAACUUUCAUUUCUAGUUUUACAAUGUGUACCUAGUUUUCAGUUUGCAAUUCUGGUGCAGGAGUGCUCUGUCCCUGUUCAUCCAUGUAAUUGAAAUUCUUAUAUACUAGUAUAAGCACUUGUUUUGACAAUUGUGCACCAUAGAAUUGCUGUUAA